AUGUGUCCAGACAAGUGGCCUUCAGACGACAAAUGUGGCUCAGAAGGCUUUGAUGAAACUGUCUGGGCACAGACAGUGACAACGCCGUUGCCGGAUUCAGAUGACAGCCUGAGCACACCCAAACCGAGUGGAUUGAAUUUAACACUCGGUGUACCAGGGCCGCAGCUGAAUGCUUCCACACAGCAAAAGUUUCAAGCUCAGAACAAUCCUCCUCUGCCGCCAGUCAUGAAAGUAUUGGUUGCUAGCAACGAACCAGAGAUGACGGUUGCAUCUGAGGUCACGCACUGGCCCACAAGACGCCUUUUUGCCAAGGUACCCAAUCCUGCAGAUUAUCCAGGUUUGGGGUUCCUGCAGCAGAACUAUACGUGGUACAAGAUAGGACGAUUCAUGUAUGCAAGAGAAUAUGCGAUCGAUGAAGAAGAAAGAGACGCGAAAAGCGCAAGCGUCGUCGAUAGGAGGAGGAGGGCUCUGCCACGAAUUGCAGAACAUUCUGAAAAUAUGGAUGGCAUGAAUGUAGAUGACCGAAUUCUUUAG